AUGAACUGGCCAUGUCGACGGAACGGCUCUUCCAGUCCGUCGCCCUACGAGAUUUUCGCAUUAGAAAAGCAUGCCAUAUAUACGAAGCACAAGUUCUACGAACUGGUCAAGAUCUACCACCCAGACAGGAACGGCUACAACUCCGAAGAUGGACUCACUGCUGUGGAAAGAUUAGAAAGAUACAGGUUGAUUGUACAAGCACACGAAAUUCUCUCGGAUCCGGUCAAGCGGAGAGCCUACGAUGCAUCUGGAGCGGGCUGGGGAACAACAAGAACAGCCGAUCGCCAUUCGCGUGGCUUCACAAAUCCGGAAGGGAAGCGAUACGGCUUUGGUCCAGACGAUGAUUCCUCCAUAUUUCAGAACGCUACCUGGGAAGAUUGGGAAAGAUGGUAUCGGCGGCACGACCCACCCGGUAGACGACCGUACGAAACCUACCUCCAUCCGAACGCCUUUGCAUCCAUCGUUAUCCUCCUUGCGGUUCUCUCUGGGGUUCUUAUGGCAACAAGAGCGGGACAAUUUACGGGGUCAAUCGAAGAGCGGGCCCAGGCAUUCACAGAAGAAACUGGCCGGUUCCUUGCAUCGAGGAAGGACCACUUCGAAGAGAAUGAGAUUAAGAGCACGGGAAGGGUCAAGCAUUUCCUGGAGAAACGCGACCCGUCAAAAUAUGGCUUGAAGGAGAAAGAGGAAGAGAUAUACCGGAAUCACUUUGCCAAUCCUAUUUUGCAGCCCGCCCCAAAUCUCAAAGAUGCAGGGAGAGAAACCUGGUGA